AUGGCUCAAGCAUCCAACACUGCAGGCGGUGCGCCCGCUGCGAGUAACUCCGACGCGCCGGCUUCAGAGAAUAGAAGUAUCAUAAACACCCAAAGAAUGGUGUUUGGCAUGGGGAAAGAGGAGAUCGAAUAUACUCCCGAACAGAUGGACUGGACCAUGGAAGAAGGAAAACAGACGUUAUGGGUCAUGAAUCGAACUUUGAGUCAGAUAGCGUUCAAAGUCAAAUGUUCUAACAAUAAAGCAUUCUGGGUCAAUCCGGUGUUCGGCACUGUGGAAAGUGGAGGUGCGGCUGAAAUAGAAGUGCAUCGUAAUGGAAAUAAACCACUCAAAAACAACGACAAGAUCGUCGUAUGCACUGCUAAGUACAACACUGAGAAUGGGCCGUUAAACCGAUUCUUCAAAUUGCCGACCACAACUACAGAAGAGAAAGAAAUCCGUCAAAGAACCGUUGCGUUACCCAGUCAAGAUCAGCAACGUGCCACUGCGCCGGCACCCGUCGAUAACCAAAUGGAACUGAUGAGAUGCUAAACAGUCUCGCAUAAAACAUUUAUUUA